AUGGAUUUGCUUUGGAUUGUGGGUUUGCUGGUGUGCGUGUGCGCCCGCUUGGCUUCGUCCGAACGCCACAGCGUCUUCUGGAACGGCACAAAUCAAAAGUUUUUAUGGGACGAUUACGCCGUGGAGGUGAGGCUAAAUGACUACCUGGAUAUCGUGUGCCCACAUUACCCGCAAGGCGAGGUGCCCCUUCUGGACGCCGAGCGCUACGUACUGUACAUGGUGGAGCGCGAGGACUACGAGUCGUGCAAACCGCAGUCGUACGACCAGAUGCGCUGGGAGUGCGGCCACCCUUUCGCGCCGCACGGGCCUGAGAAGUUCUCCGAGAAAUUCCAACGCUUCACGCCGUUUACCCUCGGGAAAGAGUUUCGCCAAGGGGAAAGCUACUAUUAUAUCUCUAAACCUUUACACCAUCACGGAGAAGAGUGCCUGCGGUUAAGGGUGGACGUCGUCGCGGCCGACGGCUCUCAGGAGGCCAGAGUGGCCAAAGGAGGCUCGGCUGGGGACACCGUGGGAGCAGGGGGUGGGGUUCACAACCCGUCUAACAGACUGCCUGCAGCAGACGACCCGGUGGUUGGCCUCCCCGAGGUGCGAAAAAGCGUGCGGACCAACUCUGCGUCGUCGACAUCGCUCUCUAUCCUGUCAUUGCUCGUCCCGUUACUGCUACUGCUCUUGUUGCACUGA